AGUGAUGACGUAUAUUUUAAGGGACCAGCGGAGGGCGGUUCAAAAUGCCUCAGUAUAAACUCUACACAUGACCUGUCCUGUUUAUUGAAAAACUACAAUCACUUGCGAUGCGAAAUGAAAUAGGCAUAGAAAUGGCUAAUAGUAUUUUAUAAGAUACGCGUCUUAAAGCAAAUGUUUCCGAAGUCAAUACUUAGCUAAGUAAGCUAAGCUAGUUAGCUACCGGCCAGCUUUAGAUCAUAUACUUUUCUUUUUUCUUCGUUUACAUCCAACGUUUCAUUUGAAUCAACGCAUUUUUAACUACAUCUAAUGAUGGCGAGUGUGCAUGAGAGUUUGUAUUUCAAUCCGAUGAUGACAAACGGAGUAGUGCAUGCUAAUGUGUUCGGCAUCAAAGACUGGGUAACGCCGUAUAAAAUCUCCGUUUUAGCACUGCUUUAUGAGAUGACAGCCUCUAAAGUCAGUCUGCCGAAUAGGAGGCGACUAAACGAACUCAUCUUACCGCUGCAGCAGGGUCCUGACCUGUCUUUUGGACAGUUCGUGAGGACAGUAGAAGAAUGCUGUCCGCCGACGGCUUCUGCUGUUGUAAUUAGGCUACAAGAAAUGGCUGAUGGAGAGCUAAGAGACAUGGAGCAGUUUUUUUCUACUCUUCCAUUUACAGCUUUUGACACUGAAGCCUAUAAAACCAGUGUUGUUGGGCUGUUCAUGAGACACAUGCUUCUGGCCUACAACAAGCUAUCGUUCAGUCAGGUGUAUAAGCUGUACAAGUCUCUACAGCAGUACUACCACAGUCAAUACACCAAACCCUCUGACGAGGUGACUCUAUCUGCCCUGAAUCUGAACUUCGAUGGGUCAGACAUGGACCUCACAAGCACCGAGGACACUGUAGGAGACAGAAUGGACAAAGAUGAGCUGGAUACCCCACUGCAUGAGACAGAACUCAGAAUUGAUAAUGCUCCAAGUAAAGGUCCCCUGUCACAAAAACAAGCUGAGUACUUCUUGGCAAGACAAGCGUACCUUCUGAAGAACGAUGAGAACAAAGCUCUGAAACCUGCUGCCCUCCAAGAGGAGCUCAACAACAUGCUAAAGUUUAACCCAGACUUUGCUGAAGCACAUUACCUGAACUACCUGAACAGUAUGAGAGUGCAGGACAUAUUUCUUUCUGCUCACAGCCUCUUGCACUAUUUUGAUCGACUGAUUUUGUCUGGAAAUGAGGGGAAAAGCAAUGGUGAUGAGGGCUAUGGCCGAAGCCUGCGUUACGCUGCUCUAAACCUUGCGAGCCUGCACUGCCGCUUUGGACACUAUCAGCAGGCCGAUCUAGCUCUACAGGAGGCAAUUCGUAUUGCUCAGGAGUCCAAUGAUCACGUCUGCUUACAACACUGCCUGAGUUGGCUGUACACUCUGGAGCAGAUGAAGGGAUCUGACAGCACCGUACUGACAGAGGAUUCCGUCAAAAUGGCUGCCCAUUUCUGCUUGAGAUACUUGGCAUCUCUGGGCAUUCAGUCUUUGGUCCAGCAGGGGGCAACACAAGGUAAGACGGCGCACAAGCUGAUGGAUGCACUGAAGGACACGGACAUACUGCACUGGAAACACAGUCUCUCGGAGCUUAUCGAGAUCAGUCUGGCUCAGACCACUUCCAUAUGGAGGAUGUACGGCAAGAGCACCAUGUCAGCACAGCAAGCACAGCUACUCCUCAACAUGAGCAGCCUGGAGCCGGUCAAUUUUGGGGUCCAUCAGAACAAUACCGAGGCCUUCGCUGUGGCUCUGUGCCACCUGGCUGAGCUGCAUGCUGAGCAGGGCCUGUACAGUGCUGUUUCAGAGAUUCUUCAGCAUCUGAAAGCACAGUUUCCUCCACACACACAGCAUGCCAAGUUAUGGAUGUUGUGUGAUCUAAAAAUCCAAUUUGAGAAACACAUGAAUGAAGGAAAAUACCAUUUGGCAGAACCGCUACUUGUUGCUAUGUCAGCUUUGAAUAAAACCGAGGGCCUUUAUAGGAAAGCCAUUGUUCUAAAGGCACUUAAUCGCUCGACUGAGGCAUACAAUGUCCUGCAAAGAUUGCAAGUUCACUGUGACAAGACAAAAUGCACAGAGUUGGCCAUCAGAGUGAUGCUGUCUACCGCUGAGCUCCACUGGGAGUCGUCUGGCUUCUCUACAGCGUUGCCUCUCCUCCUGCAGGCUCUGGCUCUGGCUCGACAGCACCACUUACAGUCUCUCGCCUCAGAGACAAUCCUUCAUUUGGCCUUCACUCAGCUAAUGCUGGGUGUUCCUGAGCAGGCUCUCAACGUUCUGCAUGAAGCUAUUGAGCCUGUUUUAGCUCAUGGAUCAGUGAUGGACAAAGGCCGCGCCCUGCUGCUCAUGGCCCGCUGUCAGAUGGAGGUGGCUGGGUUUAAGCCAAACAGACAAGGGCAAACAGAUCUAAACAUGCUUGCUUUGGCAGUAGAUACACUAGAUGAUGCUGCAAUUUAUUUCUCAAAGUUAAAUUGUGCUGAACGACAACGGGAGAUCCACUACCUCCAGGCUCAGCUCUAUCACACUUUGGGACAACACAGUCAGUGCAACAAAAGUGCUAUGCUUUUCCGACUUUUGGAUCAAGAGUUACAAACGCCCGCUCCGCCUGUUUCCAUGAGGCUGUAAAAUACUUUGACCGUGCAUUUUUUUAACAAUGUGCAAAGACUACCAGCUUCCACUAGAUGGCCAUAGAGGUCUGUCCUUACCAGAUAAGACAAGUUCAGACAAGAACAUAGUUCAAUUUAAAGUGAAACAAAAAACAACAACUUGAAUUUCAAUUAGAUUACUCACUAUAGCUUUUCAUCAUACUAAAUCAUUGGCUAGUAUUUGUUAAGAACAAUCUACAGACCUGUGUUUGGCUAUGCUACAGCAGUUCAAAAUAAAUGCAUGCUUGAAAUAUUGGGUUGUCUCUUUAAACCUGUCAGUGCAUGUCAUCUUUUGUUCUGAAUUACAAAAAAUAUUUUCUUUUACCAAAAUAUUCAUUACUCUUAUAGGACUACAUGUUUAAAUGAUCUACAAAAAGAUUGUCUAAGAGCUUUGACCACAGCUUUUAUGUCAACUUUUGAAGUGGGACCAAAAGCAAAGUAUAUCAAGGAAUGCCAUAGUGGAACUGAUUUACUAACCCUCUGCCCUUUGAUGAAUGAGGGUAAUCUCACUGUUGGCUACAAAACAAAUGUGUUCCACUGCUCCAUAUGAUUCCUACCCGCUUUGAGAAUACAGAUACAGCUCGUACCUAAAGAGAACCCCACAGUCAUGUAAUGUACUAGACCUACAAUAUAACAAUGUUGACAACCUUUGUAUGGUACACUUGUAAAAGCCUCUCCCAUAUAGAGCCUCUCACAGGAAUACUAUUCCCUAUGCCAAUCUAAAAAAUUAUGGGAAACCAUACAAACAUUUCAUUUGGCUUUGCUUAUAAUCCAAAAGUGGUCACUACCUCAUAGUAAAAGCCAGACUGUCCUGUUUUUUAUCUAGGCCACUGUGCCAUGCCCUAAAGCUUGAGGUGGGCACAGGUCCUAAUGGGUUGAAGCCUUUUAGAGAUUAAUAUAGUACAAGGGCCACAAUGCUCACAACAGGACCAUAACAGAAAGCUAAGAAUAAGUAUGGAGCCAUGUAUAUCUUAUAAAAGGUAUAAUGUAUAAUAAUGCAGUCCUAUUUGAUAAAAUAUAUUUGUUGAAAAUGUUUAAUAACCAGCAUGGCAACAGACAUGGAGUGUCAACAAUGGAUAUUUAGAAAAAUAUAAAUGUUAUAUCUUUCUCUCUCAGCUUAUUUUAUACAUUCAUGUUACUCCUACUCGAUAUUAAACGUUUUACAAGUA